AUGAGUUCUCUCGCGUUUUUGGUGACAGAACUACAGUCUCUGGCCAGUGAGACCCGUCGGAAACAUCCUGAUGUUCGCGAGGCUGCAGAGAAAUCGUUGGCCAUCCUCCGUUCAUCACCGGAGCAGGCGACAGCGAAUUUGGCGUCAGAUGGACCUCAGUCCGACGAUCUUCUUCGCCCCGUAUUCAUGGGAUGCGCAACCAAGAAUGCGAAAGUCGUGGCUAUCUCGCUUGGUUCCCUCCAACGCCUCAUUGCUCUCAAGGCAGUGCCGCAAUCCGCGGUUCCCGUUAUUAUGAACACGAUGAGUGAAUGCAUGAACCAAGGAGUUGACAUCCAGUUGCGUAUUCUACAGACGCUCUUGUCACUUAUCACGAACUUCCCGGCAGUUCAUGGUCAGCUACUCGGUGAUGCUCUUUUGCUAUGCUUCAGGCUGCAGGAAUCGCGAAUCGCGGUGGUAUCUUCAACAGCUGCAGCAACCCUGCGGCAGCUGGUGAUGUUUGUGGUUGACAAGGUGGUUGACGAAGACAAGAGAGAUGAAGUUGAUGUUAAUGCUCUUGUGGAGACUAGCCUGCCGAACGGGACAGUGAAGACUCUCGGCCCGUCGGCUCAAGACGCGUUCGCUGUGUUUCAAGAUCUCUGCCUGCUGGCAAAUGCGGAGCGCCCACACUUUUUGAGGCUCGAAGUGCUGCGCAAGACCUUCGCCCUGGAAUUGAUAGAAAGUGUGCUUACAAACUAUCAUGAUCUUUUCAGGAAGCAUACAGAAUUACUUCUACUGUUGCAGCACCAUCUAUGUCCACUAUUGCUCAAAUCGCUCUCCGAUCGACCGAGUUUUCCCCUCACGCUGCGCGCUACGCGCGUUGUAUUCCUCCUUUUGAAACAGUUUUCAUUGGAGCUGAAGACUGAGUCGGAGGUGUUCUUAGUGCUUCUGAUCAAGAUUAUAGGCACUGAUGGCAGCGAGGCCGAGGCUGUUGAUGGUCAUCCACAUGGUCCUCGGCCACUCUGGAUGCGUGUACUUGCGAUGGAAAUCAUGCGCGGAUUGUGCAGUGACGCCGAGCUGAUGCGCAACGUCUGGGAUCGGUAUGACGCGGAAGACGGAGGAUCAAAAGUCUUUACAUCCCUGAUCACUGCCUUGAAGCGCCUCGUCAUCGAAAAACCUGCCAUGCUCGGCGUGUGCUCCCAGAUGUUCGGUGUCGGUGUUCCCACUCACGCUGGUUCAUCAUCUGAUUUAAGUUCAUACGCACUCGAUGUGGGAGGUGUGGCGGGUAUGGUCGCCAAUGCAGCUAGCGCUACCGUCUCCGGCGUUGCGAGCAUGAUUGGAUCCGAAGCUGGGCUAACCUUGCAUGGGUCAGCGAUGAAGCUGCAAUGCAUCGAUCAACUUGACAAGGCAGAUUCUCCGGUUAUCCCGGAACCGUAUAUCUACCUUCUGGGUGUCCAGUGUCUUGUCGCCCUCUGUGAAGGAUUUGCUUCUCUUACAACCCCACUCUAUAACUCGAUCAUGGUUCAGAGACCGAGGGCUGCGGGCGAGCCUGUCAUCCGGGCACCGCCAGCUCUGGAUCUGUCAUCUCUACCGCCGGAAGAAGCCACCACGAAGCAGUUGCGAACAGUGCGUGACAUGGUGGAGAGUGGAUGGCCUGCUCUCCUUGCUGCACUGUCAUUUGUUAUAUCAACCAAUCUAUCCGACGAACUCUUUGUCGACGUGCUCGCAAGUUACCAAGCCCUUACUACUGUAUCUGGCAUGCUCGGCUUAACGACUCCACGCGAUGCGUUCUUCACAAGCCUUGCUAGACUGGCUAUACCCACUCGUGUAGUCACCAGUCUUGAUUCCUAUUCGCAUCCGCAUGGCGAGUCCAUGACGCCCCGCAGUGCCGCUAGUGCAAUCACCGAAAAUUUGGGUCUGUCCCUUUCGGGUUCUGGAGCGGUGCAACCACCAGGAUUGUCGGAGCGGAACAUGGCUUGCUUGAAAGUUCUCGUUGCUAGUGCUCUCUUCCUCGCAGGAAGUCUCGGGGAGAGCUGGUUCGACAUUUUAGAGGCACUUCAGAAUGCGGACUAUGUCCUUACAGUCAGGGGCGCGCGCCCUUCUACCGCUAAACGGAAUACGAUUGGACCUGGUGCGAUUAAUCUUCCCGGAGGUCGUACGGCCUCAAGCGGUUCCCAAACUGGUGCACAGACGGGCACUGUCGCUUCACCACAACAGCAAUCUCACGCACGGCAUCCUCUCCUAGCUGACUUGGAUGCCGACAGUCUACAGCACGCGAUACAGCGCCUCUUCGAUGCAUCCAAGAAUUUAGAUGAUGGAGCAUUCCGCGAUUUUGUGAACGCUCUGUGCAAGCUGAGUGCUGCAAUGAUCGGGAUGCAGUCCGAGGGCAACGAGCCGCUUGUGGUGGAGACAGACUCCGUCGAAGAGCUGGUGACCAGCGCGAGUCUCUCGCCACUACCAGAACAUCGUAGAAGGGUCAGCGGGAUACAUUUGCCUCACACUCUCCGCUCUGGAGACUUUGGAAUCAGCAAAUUGGGUGGCGUAUCAACCUCGAACAUACACCGCCUUAUAUACAGGUCUUCCGACAUCGCAUGGGACACCAUCACGAGUCAUCUGCUCUCUGUUAUCCGAAACGCUGCUGCUCCCUCUACUAUUCGAACUCAAGCCGCUCGUAUCCUCGAUGACAUCUUGGUUGUAGUGCCUCGCAACAUUACAACUAGUGGUGAUCUGCAGCCUAGGGUUCAGCGUCAAGUGCUGGAUGUCCUGGCACAGCAAGUCAUUCCAGAGAGCACGGCUGUCAGCAAUAGUACGACCGUGGAACUAAGACGCAUGGGAUUUGAGACCUUGCACCAGAUUCUUCAGGCAUCCGGACACACACUGGUGGUGGGAUGGGAGACAAUAUUCGAGAUGCUGAGUAGUGUCUGCAAGCCCGCAUCACCACCGUCUUAUCCUGAGACAUUCGUUACGUCUCCCUCCACGCCUGACACUGCGCGAAACAAGCCCCCUCCUCUAGGCUACGUAGUUGACAAGGGAUACACUUCCCUUGUCAAGAUCGCCUUCCAGUCGUUGACUCUGGUUUGCGACUCGCUAUCUUCGUUGUCCCCCGAACAUCUCCGCCUUUGUAUCAGUACACUCGGCCAAUUUGGCCGACAAGCUGAUACAAAUAUCGCUCUCACGGCGGCCGAGAGUUUACUUUGGGGGGUGUCGGACUCAAUACAGGCGAAGCGCAAGGACGUGGAAAAAGAACCUGAGUACAGCGCUUUGUGGAUGUUUUUGCUACUCGAAGUUUUGGGCCUGUGCACCGAUGCUCGCCCUGAAGUCCGUGUUGGAGCUAUCCAAACUCUUUUCCGCAGCCUUCAGCUCUAUGGAGCUACGCUGAGUUUGGCGACUUGGGAUGAAUGUAUCUGGAAGGUCACAUUUCCGCUUCUUGACGCGAUGACCGCUGCAAUUCGACAGACUGAGGCCACCAGCACUGCAGAAUCGCCUCCGCUGGACCUGCAGUGGGAUGAGUCUAAAAUCCUUGCUCUGCAAUCAAUCGGUUCUAUAUUCCAAGACUUCCUGACUUCCAAGAUUAUGCGACUUGACUCGUUCGUCAAUGCCUGGGACAUUUUUGUGGGUCAUAUGCAAGAUUCGUGGCUUCGAGACAAUCGUUCAAUAAGCGCGCCGGCACUUCGAUGUUUGGACAAGGCUAUUAAAGCAUAUGCUGAUACUGACGACGAGGUGACAACUCGUGCAUUGGAAGCGCUUGAGCGUGUGUGGCAGGCGUGUGAUAGCAUGGGAGAUGCAGUGCUACAGAGAAAUCCGUCUGCCUCUUCUGCAAAAGCGACCUCAAAUACUCCACCAGCUGUCAAACCGUUCACUCAGGAAAGCCUUAUGGCCUUCGUCGAUGUCAUCCGUAGCACAAGAUCGAUCGGUAUGAAAUUCAAGGCUGAAGAAUGGUCUCUGGACCGGCUCGGACGUCUAAUGUCCAUCCUUAAAGGUGUUGUGACCUAUCCCAACUCACCAGACUUCAGGCCAGACAUAGACGCUCUUAGCCCGGUACAGGCAGCGGUGAUGGAAGCUGUGGACAGUAUUGACCUGUUCACCACUGGAGCACCUUCUCUAGUUCUUCGCGACCUCUCCGAAUUCGCGACUCUUCCCUUCCUCGCUGCGUUUGAUGUACAGGACACGACUGCGCCCCUGAUCGCCAGCCCGUCUAGCUCGAACCAACCUCGUCCUGCACCAAAACGUGUGACAUAUAUCGCGCUCUCAAAGAAGACAAUGCCCAUGCUUGUGGAGCUUUUCCUGCGAUUCAAAUCCCAGGCCGCGAUAUAUAUUGAUGGUACCUUGGAGACGAUUUUCUCAGCUUACGCUAUUCCUAUAAAGCUGAAGUACGAAUGCCCGGCGGCGUCAAAGUUUGGCAAAGACCUUCCUCUGUGGAAGACUGCAUCCUCGAGUUUCCUGCGGAUCGUGAAAGAAUGUGGCCCUCAGAUGCGCUAUUUAGGGGAAGAAGUUCUCGGUGACCAUCAGGAAGGGAUUUGGCGACAGGUCGUAGAGGCCUUCCGCGGAGGUAUACUCGCCGACUGCUCUGUCGCGGAGACAUUCCCACUGGACGUCCAAGAAGCUGAGGAAAACUUCGACCUUGCACUAAUUGGUGCAUUGGAGAUUGAUGUUGUCCCGUAUUUGGGCGACCAAUCUGUGCCGGAUUACCUCGUAAUACAGCUUGCGAAAGUUCUGCAUCAGGGCAGUCGAUUGCGCGACCCUGUGGAUUAUCAACCUCCCUCCCCUGCAUCUAUCCCCGAUUCUCCCUUAGAUGCCAAGGAGCCCAGCAAGCGAGCGAAAACCCAGGGGCAGCGCGACUCUCAUGAGCUCGAGAUGACAGAGCGGUUCGGUGACCCUAACUUUGGGAUCGGUACCACGGAGAACGGGCAUUUCCUUCCUCGAGAACGCUUCUCUUACUGGUGUUUUGACUUGCUGUUCUUGAUAUGUUCAGAUACUGCUCAAGACCGCGUGCAGUCGAGGAAACGCGUGGCUGCCUUGAGCCUUCCGUCGCUGCUUGAACGAUGCCGGAUCACUCUUGUCAGCUAUGUAGCAGACGAAGCCUUGCGUGGAAAUUUACCCUUCCCUCGAGCUCGGGAGGAAGAAUUGUUGUACGUUCUUCAAAAACUAUUGGCUUUGCAACUUUGGCCGGGUACGUUGUGGGCCGCGCUGUCCGAUUCGCCCUCGAAAUACUGCAUUGACCAACCGAAAAUCGAUCAGUCACUGGAGACGUCAAAGCUCAUCGCCGAUGUGGUCAAACGGUCGUCGAAGGCGCCGCUCUUCCAUUUCUACCCCGUUCUCUGCGAGAUUGUCUCCAUUCCACGCAAGACACCCACUGCUUGGGUGAUGACAAAUGCACCCCGGCGAUCGCUCUCGAGUACCGCCAGUCCCGAAGAGGCGAGGAGGAGCGUGAGCUGGAGCCAAGUAGCUACCGGAGAUAUGGACCAAGGACGCGCUGUCGAACUCGAUGCGAGAACGUUGGUGAAAGAAUGCUUGAAGGAAGUCGGCAAAGAGAUGGGUGUCGGUGCCGGCGGUUGGGGUGGCCAACUAGGGUAG